AUGGCCCCCUCCCCGACCUCUCUCUGGCUCGUCUCGGGUCCGCUCGAGUCUGCGAACCCGCUCGAGCAGCUCGACGAGCUCCGACAGGCGCUCGGAAAUGGCAAGUUGGGCAGCGCGAGUCUGGUCGAGUUUCCCGAGUUCAAGACCGGCACCCUCUCCUCCCUGCUCACCCUCUCCGAAUCCCUCGCCAAGCAAGACCCUUCCGUCACCUCCGCUCUUCAAAAGACCGUCGACACGAUCCGCUCCCUGACCGCCCCGCCCGGUUCAUCCGGCAGCUCGGCAAGCGCAACGACCUCUCUCCCAGGGUUCGAAGACCGCGCCUCGCCUCUCGCGCAACACCUCGUCCUCGACGAUGGACGACCGUACAUUUCGUACAUCCUGCCUGACGGGACGGAUCGCGGACAGACGGAGGAGAGGUGGGAGUGGAACAGGGCAAAGUACCGCACCGAGGGGAGGAGCUUGCCCGAGAUUGUCGAUGCGUUGAUGAAGGAGGUCACGAGCAUCGAGAAUGCUCAGAAGAACAAGACUCAGCAAUACGGCGUCGUCAAGGGUCAGCUUGCGACGGCGUUGCGGAAGAAGACCGGCAAUCUCUCUAUGCGAUCACUCGCCGACGUCGUCUCAGCGUCCGAUUUUGCCGGCACGAACAAGUCCGAAUACCUCGAGACUAUCCUCGUUGCGGUGCCCAAAAACCUCAUCAAGGAGUGGGAGAACUCGUACGAGCGGUUGACGCAGAUGAUCGUGCCUCGGUCAGCAACCAAACUCGCGCAAGACGACGAAUUCGCGCUGUUCUCGGUCACGCUCUUCCGACGAGUGAAGGACGAAUUUGCGCAGAAAGCGCGCGAGAAGAAGUUUAUCGUGCGGGACUUUACGUACGACGAGGAGGCGAUCGAGAAGCAGCGGCGGGAGCUGGAGAACUUGCUGGCAGAGGAGAAGGAGCUAUGGGCCGACCUCCUCCGCCUGUCCCGCAUCAACUUCUCCGACCUGUUCCAGGCGCUCGUACACCUCAAGGUCAUCCGCGCAUACGUUGAGAGCGUCCUGCGGUAUGGGUUGCCAGCAGCGUAUUUUGGCGCGAUCGUUGCGCCCGAACCGAAACAAGUCGACAAGCUCGUCAAGGCUCUCUCGUCCUUCCUCGUCCCCUCCUCCCGAGGGAAGAAGGGCACGAAGCCCAAGGGCGGACAAGACGACUCGGCUGCUCUCGGCGAGUACGCGAGCGUCAUGGAGGGCGAGUACUACGAGUUCGUGUUGUUCGAGAUUGAGAGGGUCGAGGGACGGGGCGAGUGA